CUGUAUUUUUAGGAAGCGACCCAUCAGGAUCCCACAAACUCCUUCCCCAUGCCUAUGUCACAUUGGCUUCAUGGCAAAUUAUAAUUACUCCCACUUCCAACACCUUUACUUUAUCUUUACUGGAAUUCCAGGACUUGAGCAAAAGUAUUACCAGAUGGCAUUCCCACUGGGGGCUAUAUAUGUCAUUGCCCUCUUUGGCAAUGGCAUCAUCAUCUCUACUAUCAAGUCUGAGUCCUCCCUGCAUAUUCCUAUGUACUACUUUCUGUGUAUGCUAGCAUUGGCAGACAUGGGACUUGCCCUCUGUACUUUGCCCUCAAUGCUAGGUAUUUUCUGGUUUAACUACAAGUCCAUUGCCUUUGGUGCCUGUCUAGUUCAGAUGUACUUCAUCCACACCUUCUCAGCCAUUGAGUCGGGUGUGCUGGUGGCCAUGGCCUUUGAUUGGGUUGUGGCAGUCUGGAGCCCUCUUAGGUGCAGCACCAUCCUAACCAGUGGCGUCAUCUGAACUGGGGUUGUCAUCUUGACCAGAGCUGUCUGUGUGGUCUUUCCUGUGCCUUUUCUCAUCAAGAGACUCCCCUUCUACCGUUCCAACAUCGUGUCCCACUCCUUCUGCCUCCACCAUGAUGUCAUGUGCCUUGCCUGCGCCAGCACCCGCGUCAACAGUCGCUAUGGCCUCAUUGCUGUAAUCUUCACUAACGGUUCUGACUCCCUCUCCAUCCUCAUCUCCUAUGUGUUCAUACUCCGAACAGUAAUGGCUAUUGCCUCGGGGGAGGGGAAGCUGAAGACACUCAACACUUGUGUUUCACACAUCUCUGCUGUACUGAUCUUCUAUGUGCCACUCAUUGGAGUGUCCGUCAUUCACCGCAGUGGAAAGCACCUUUCCCCGCUGACUCAUGCUCUCAUGGCUAAUGCCUACCUUCUUGUACCCCCUGUGCUGAACCCCAUAGUCUAUACUGUGAAGACCAAGGAGAUACAAAGGAAGAUCAUCCAGACAUUUGUUCAAACCAAGGUGACUGCAGAGGGUUAA